AAUGAUGAUUUAAAAAACGACAUCAGUUUUAAAAUGACACAAGAAGAAUACAAAAAUGACUUAUAGGAUUACUCAAUCAUACCGAAUUCUUUUGAAUUCCAACCUAAUCUCUUAGCAACACGCUCGGGAACCCAAAUGCACUUUACAUGACCAACCAAACACCAAAACAACAUUCAAGCCGUCACCACCUAACCUUGCAAUAUACAAAAACUUCUUUUUAUCUUCCCAAUUAUGAACCACUAUAACUCCCCCACAACUCUUAGAAACUAGACAUAGAAGAACCUAAAAAAUGUCCAUAGUGGAAGAAGCACCAGGAUACCUUCAAGUCUUUUCUGAUGGAUCUGUAAAACGCUUUGUGCCUGGAAUUGUCCCAGCCUCACCAAAGCCAAUUAAUGGAUACAAGUUCAAGGAUGUGAUCAUUGACCCAUCAAAGCCAGUUACUGGAAGGUUAUUUCUUCCCAGUACUCCAAGUCAUGGGUUCUCAGGUAAACUUCCUGUUGUGGUUUAUUUCCAUGGUGGUGGCUUUUGCAUUGGCUCCACUACAUGGAUUGGCUACCAUCAUUUCCAGGGAGAUUUCUCUGCUGCAUCCCAAUCCAUUGUUCUCUCUGUCGACUACCGUUUAGCUCCGGAAUAUCGUCUCCCCGUAGCAUAUGAAGAUUGUUAUAGCUCACUGGAUUGGCUUGGUCACAAUGUAGGAUCUGAACCUUGGCUUGAGCAAGCUGACCUUUCCCAUGUGUUUCUGUCGGGGGACAGUGCUGGAGGAAACAUUGCACACCAUGUUGCUAUCAAAGCCAUUCAGAACAACAAUUGUCACGUAAAAAUCAAUGGUCUGUUGCUGAUACAUCCGUACUUUGGGAGCGAGAAGAGGACUGAGAAAGAGAUGGUUGAAGGAGCAGCAGAAUCUGUUGCAAGCAACGACAUGUUCUGGAGACUGAGUAUACCAGAAGGCUCAAACCGUGAUUAUUAUGGUUGUAACUUUGCGAAGGCAGAACUUUCUGCAGUUGAAUGGAGUCAGUUUCCGGCUGUGGUGGUUUUUGUGGCUGGCUUGGAUUUCUUAAAGGAAAGAGGAGUUAUGUACGCAGAAUUUCUGAAGAAGAAAGGGGUUAAAGUGGUGAGGCUAGUGGAGGCUGUGGAGGAGUCGCAUGUAUUUCAUGUGUUUCAUCCUGAAUCUGAGGCAACAAGCUUGCUCCUACGACAAAUGAGUGAGUUCAUGAAGAGCUAUUGACAUCCUAAAAUGAAAUGAAAAGAAUUUAUAGUCUUCUUGGAAUUCAGUGUUCAUAUGGACUGACUAUAUAUGGAAUUUUAAAUAAAUGAAAAGGCUUUCAAGCAAUGAAUGGAAAUGAAACAUCCAAAUCAAUUUUUAAUUUUUGGAUCAAUAUUAAACAGAAUCAUUUUCCAAAUUUGCAGUACUGCCAGUGCAGCCUGCAGAAUCCUCCGUCUCCUACCCUAAUAUGUAAUACAGAUGACUGAAACAACAAACUGAAAUCUACCUUUCACAGCAAUUAAGUAGGAUAACUUUCACAGGGAUGGAUAGGGGGGAACUAUCAUUUUCUGUUGCAUGCUUUUGCACAAAGUUGACAUACAUGCCCCAAUAAAUGGCUACGUUAAUGCAUA